AGGGGGCGUGUGUAUGUAUGUGUGUGUGUAUCUGUAUAUAUAUAUAUAUAUAUAUAUAUAUAUAUAUAUAUAACAGUAAUCAGUUUCAUUUUUGAUGCUUUCAAUUUUGCAAGACGCACUCGGACUCACUUCUCUUUCUUCUUCCUAACCCAGACUAAAAAAUGCCGCCAACCCGCUACCACCUCUUCCUCCCUGCCACCAUCACGCGCCGUCACUUCGCCACAAAGUACAUAGCCAAAAUCACCUCAGCCUCCCCCACCGGCCGUUCGCUUACGGCUGAGGUCACCACACCUCAGCCAAUCCCUUACGACUCUCGCGGCUACCCAAUCCUCCGCCACCUUGUAAUCUGCAAGGCCACUCGUCUCAUCAAAGCCCGUACUGCUACUUCAUCGCUUUCGGAUUACUUCUCCUCUCUGUCUCCACCUCUUACUUCAGCCGAAGCCUCUGAAAUUCUCAAAUCCCUAAACUGCCCUCGUCUUGCGUCUAAUUUUUUCCGGUUUUGUCCCUCACUUUCCCCUAAUUUUCACCAUGAUGCCUUUACUUACUCACGUCUCAUAUUAAUCCUCUCUAAAUCGAUUCUCCCCGACCGGUUUGAUAUUGUCCGUGCAUUACUGGGCGACAUGGAGAGGGCCAAGAUACGUGGCAACAUCUCAACCGUUAAUAUUUUGAUCGGCUUUUUUGGCAAUUCUGAUGACUUGAAAAAUUGUAUUGGGUUGGUCAAAAAAUGGGACUUGAAGAUGAACUGUUACACAUACAAGUGUUUGAUGCAAGCUUACUUGAGAUCACGUGACGUGCACGAGGCUUUCAGGGCUUACAGUGGGAUGAGAAAGAAAGGGUACCAGUUGGACAUCUUUGCCUACAACAUGCUGUUGGACGCUUUGGCUAAAAAUGAAAAGGUCGAUGAAGCUUACAGGGUUUUUGAAGACAUGAAACGGAAGCAUUGUGAACCUGAUGAGUAUACAUACACAAUCAUGAUCAGAAUGACUGGAAAGAUGGGUAAACCUGAUGAAUCACUGGCACUUUUUGACGAAAUGAUAACAAAGGGCUGCACUCCUAAUUUAAUUGCUUAUAACACCAUGAUCCAGGCACUUGCAAAUGGCCGAAUGGUUGACAAAGUCGUUCUUCUCUUCUCUAAAAUGGUGGAAAGAGAAUGUCGGCCUAAUGAAUUUACAUAUAGUAUCAUUUUAAAUGUCCUGGCUGCAGAAGGGCAGCUUGCUAAACUAGAUGAGGUUGUUGAAGUGUCAAAGAAAUACAUGACUAAGUCAAUCUAUGCAUAUCUUGUUAGAACUCUGAGCAAAUUGAGCCACGUAAGUGAAGCUCAUCGAUUGUUUUGUAGCAUGUGGUGCUUACAUGAUAGGGGAGAUCGGGAUGCUUACAUGUCCAUGUUAGAAAGCCUGUGCAGUAUGGGAAAAACACUAGAGGCUAUGGACCUGCUGAGUAAGAUUCAUGAAAAGGGAAUAGAUUCUGAUACACUGAUGUAUAACACGGUAUCAUCAGCUCUUGGCAAGUUGAAGCAAAUAUCUCAUCUUCAUGAUCUUUAUGAGAAAAUGAAAAGAGAUGGCCCUUCACCAGAUAUAUUUACAUAUAAUAUUCUGAUUGCAAGCUUUGGUAGGGCUGGAAAUGUUGACGAAGCUGUUAAAGUUUUUGAAGAACUUGAGAGCAACAACUGUAAACCAGAUAUCAUCUCUUACAAUUCUUUGAUCAAUUGCCUUGGGAAGAAUGGUAAUCUUGAUGAAGCACACAUGAGAUUUAAGGAGAUGCAAGAGAAAGGGUUGAAUCCUGAUGUUGUUACAUACAGUACACUCAUCGAGUGCUUUGGCAAGACGGACAAAGUUGAUAUGGCUUGCAGAUUGUUUGAUGAGAUGCUAGCUGAAGGCUGCUGUCCAAACAUUGUGACAUACAACAUCUUACUCGACUGCCUUGAGAGAAGUGGGAGAACUGCAGAAGCUGUGGAUCUUUAUGCAAAACUGAAACAACAAGGAUUAACACCUGAUUCUAUCACAUAUGCAGUGCUUGAACGAUUGCAGAGUGGUUCUCACAGGAAAGUCAGAGUUCGGAGGCAGAAUCCAAUUACAGGUUGGGUUCGGGCAUGGCAAUAUCAUCAUGUCAGUGCAAGGACAUGAGAUGCCGUGCCCGGGAGAGCAGUUUUUGUUAAUAAAUCAGCAGUAGGACCUGGGCUUGGCUUCUUUAAUCCUGAUUCAUGAUUGGAGCCUAGAUAGAUUCAGUGGACUUUUAGCCUGACUGCCAUAAAGAAUUUCAAUGCAUACCCAGAAAUGGUCAUAAUCUAUUGUUACUCUUGUGAAUGGUUGCAAGCUAGUCAUGAUGGGAAAGUAUUGUCAUAAUGGUGCACCAAGCCAGAAAGGUUGAGGUUGUUCAAGAAAAUCACAGCUUCAUUGUCACCAUUACAAAUCCUGCGAAGUUGGGUGGACAAAAAUCCUCAGCUGAGUUUAUCUUGCCCUAGAAAUUACAUUUAAUAGACAUCAAGUUACAUCCCAACUGUAGAUCAAUGUCUUCAUAGUUCACAGAAGCGAUACCAGCACAACAAAGAUGAUGCACUCAAGUCAAUGAUCAGUGACACAUUUUAUAAUUUAAUUGAUUUGUUUUCAAUCUUAUAGCUUUUUUUUUCAUAGUAAUUUGAAAGCUUAAUGUGCUUCCUGGA